AUGCAAUCCUCUCUCUCCCUCACUUUCUCUCCCACCACCUCCGCCGCCACAAUCUCCAGAUCACACCACUCUCUCCCACUCUCCACUGCCAAACCUAUAAACCUCCGUUUAUGCGGCUUGAGACGCGAGGCCUUGGGUUUAGGGUUUUCAUCUUCCCUUAACCGUAAUCUCCGCCGUCAAUACUCCGCUAUAGUAUCCGCUGCGCGUUCCGACAAUGGCAGCAGCACUUCUGGAUCGUUCGAUUAUGAUUUGUUGAUUAUCGGUGCUGGUGUUGGUGGUCACGGUGCCGCGCUUCACGCCGUCGAGAAGGGAUUGAAAACAGCUAUAGUGGAGGGAGACGUUGUGGGAGGGACAUGUGUGAACAGAGGAUGUGUUCCUUCCAAAGCUCUUUUGGCUGCUAGUGGUCGAAUGCGGGAGCUAAGGAGUGAUCAUCAUUUGAAGUCAUUGGGCUUACAUGUUUCUUCUGCUGGGUAUGACAGACAAGGAGUGGCUGAUCAUGCUAAUAAUCUUGCUUCCAAAAUCCGUAAUAAUUUGACAAGCUCCCUUAAAGCGAUAGGAGUUGACAUACUUACUGGUUUUGGUACUAUAUUGGGUCCUCAAAAGGUGCAAAUUGGCUCUUCAAACAACGUAGUAACUGCAAAAAAUAUCAUCAUUGCCACUGGGUCGGUUCCUUUUGUCCCUAAGGGUGUUGAAGUUGAUGGGAAGACUGUGAUUACCAGUGACCAUGCACUCAAACUGGAGUCUGUUCCUGACUGGAUAGCAAUUGUAGGAAGUGGAUAUAUUGGCCUUGAAUUCAGUGAUGUAUAUACGGCACUUGGAAGUGAGGUUACUUUUGUUGAAGCUUUAGACCAGCUUAUGCCUGGAUUUGAUCCUGAAAUCAGUAAGCUGGCUCAAAGGGUUCUUAUAAAUCCCCGUAAUAUUGACUAUCACACUGGAGUUUUUGCAUCCAAGAUUACGCCUGCAAGGGAUGGAAAACCCGUCUUGAUUGAACUUAUUGAUGCAAAAACUAAGGAACCUAAGGACACUUUGGAGGUGGAUGCUGCACUAAUAGCAACUGGAAGGGCUCCAUUCACAGAAGGUCUAGGACUGGAGAAUGUUGAUGUGGCAACACAGCGAGGUUUUAUUCCCGUGGACGAGCGCAUGCGUGUAAUUGAUGCAAAUGGAAAGCUGGUGCCUCAUUUAUACUGUAUUGGUGACGCAAAUGGAAAGAUGAUGCUUGCUCAUGCUGCCAGUGCACAAGGAAUUUCAGUGGUUGAACAAGUCACGGGAAGAGAUCACGUGCUCAAUCAUUUAAGUAUUCCAGCUGCAUGUUUCACUCAUCCUGAAAUCAGCAUGGUUGGAUUGACAGAGCCUCAAGCAAGGGAGAAAGGUGAAAAAGAGGGGUUUGAAGUGAGUGUUGCUAAAACAAGUUUUAAAGCUAACACAAAAGCCCUAGCAGAAAAUGAAGGGGAGGGACUUGCCAAGUUGAUAUACAGACCCGACAAUGGAGAGAUCCUAGGAGUUCAUAUUUUUGGUUUGCAUGCAGCAGAUCUCAUUCAUGAAGCUUCCAAUGCUAUAGCAUUAGGAACACGUAUUCAGGACAUUAAAUUGGCAGUUCAUGCACAUCCAACUCUAUCCGAGGUUCUUGAUGAGCUAUUUAAAUCCGCAAAGGUUAAAGAACACACAUCUAUCCCAGUAAGUGAACCAGUUGCCGUCUAA